AGUUUAAGUAAAUCUCAACCGUGUAUCACAAAUGGGACCCGCUAUAAAUGGACGGUCAGGAUAUAAUCUCUCUCCACAGCAUAAGGUAUAUCUUUCUCAUUUCAGUUAGUAGACUAGUAGUAGAGCUCAGAAGAAACCCUCUUCCCCAGAAAUGGCGUCUUCUUUCACUACGCCAAAGCUCACCACAUCCACAACUCUCCUCUUCUCUAAGAACCUCUCAUUUUCUCUCUCUAGCCCCUUUCUGUCUCUUCCAGUAAAUUUAACUUCACUCGCUCGCGCCCGCUCUCGCUCAAUCUUUCUCAAUGAUCACCAUCACCACCGGCAGCGGCGUGGUUUCAUUACAGCUUCUGCCGAGUCCGAAAACGGCGCUGAAAUCGGCCGCAAGUACGAUUUUGAUCUCUUCACCAUCGGCGCCGGCAGCGGGGGAGUCCGUGCUUCCCGCUUUGCCGCCAAUUUCGGUGCCUCUGUCGCUGUCUGCGAGCUUCCAUUCGCAACUAUCUCAUCCGACACCACUGGCGGCGUUGGCGGCACGUGUGUGCUUCGUGGAUGUGUGCCCAAGAAACUACUGGUGUAUGCUUCAAAAUAUUCUCACGAAUUUGAAGAAAGUCAUGGUUUUGGUUGGUCAUAUGACAAUGAGCCAAAGCAUGAUUGGAGCACCUUGAUGGCAAACAAGAAUGCUGAAUUGCACCGUCUCACUGGCAUUUACAAGAAUGUCUUGAAGAAUUCUGGUGUCACUUUGAUUGAAGGCCGUGGAAAGAUAGUGGAUCCUCACACAGUUGAUGUAGAUGGGAAAAUAUAUUCGGCCAAAAAUAUACUAAUUUCAGUUGGAGGGCGACCCUUCAUUCCUGAAAUUCCUGGCAGCGAGUAUGCAAUUGAUUCAGAUGCUGCCCUUGAUUUGCCAUCUAAGCCUGAGAAGAUAGCAAUCGUUGGUGGUGGAUACAUUGCCUUGGAGUUUGCUGGCAUCUUCAAUGGUUUGAAUAGUGAGGUUCAUGUAUUUAUACGUCAGAAGAAAGUUCUGAGAGGAUUUGAUGAAGAGGUCAGAGAUUUUCUUGGAGAACAAAUGUCUGUUAGAGGAAUUGAGUUCCACACGGAGGAGUCUCCCCAAGCAAUCACUAAAUCCGCUGAUGGUACAUUGUCUUUAAAAACCAGCAAAGGAACAAUUGAAGGUUUCUCACAUGUUAUGUUUGCAACUGGACGCAGGCCUAAUACUAAGAAUUUAGGACUGGAGGCUGUUGGGGUCAAUAUGAACAAAAAUGGAGCAAUAGAGGUUGAUGAAUACUCUCGAACUUCAGUCCCUUCCAUUUGGGCAGUUGGAGAUGUUACAGACCGUCUAAAUCUCACUCCAGUUGCUUUGAUGGCGGGAGGUGCCUUGGCAAAAACACUAUUCCUGAAUGAACUAACAAAACCUGAUUACAGAGCUGUUCCUUCUGCUGUGUUUUCGCAACCACCGACUGGACAAGUUGGUCUUACUGAAGAACAGGCUGUAGAGCAGUAUGGCGAUGUUGACAUUUUCACAGCAAACUUCCGACCCUUAAAGGCUACUAUAUCAGGGCUCCCUGACCGAGUCUUCAUGAAACUUGUGGUCUGUGCUAAGACAAACAAAGUUCUGGGGUUGCAUAUGUGCGGAGAAGAUUCACCUGAAAUUGUGCAGGGAUUCGCAAUUGCUAUCAAAGCUGGCUUGACCAAAGCUGAUUUUGAUGCCACAGUUGGUGUUCACCCAACAGCUUCAGAAGAGUUUGUCACAAUGAGGACUCCUGCACGGAAGAUUCGGAAAAGUCCUCCAUCUGAGGGAAAGACGGAUUCUGAGGCUAAAGCUGCAGCUGGGGUAUAGAUGAUGCUCUUGCUUUUAACCAAUCUAGUGACUGCUCGAUAAAGGUGUGAAAAUUGUUAUGGUGACUUUUGAAAACUUCUUUUCUUCGUUAGGCUGCCCUUUUGUUUGGCUGACAUUGACAAAGUGCAUGUAAUGCGUGCUUAAGGAUAUUAACACAAAAUAAUUGCCCUUCACAAUAAUGCAUCUUAGUUCUAGUCAACUAUUCGUACCCCUGUCAAUUGAGGCUAAAUUUUAAUAAUCUUAACAUAAAAUGCUUUGUUUCCCUUACUGAGAAAUUGACAUACUAGUGAAUAGUACAUUUUGCCAUAGUAAGUUAUGCUUCUUUUCCAAUUCACUAAUUAAAGUAACAAAACAUGAACAGGUCUCCAUCUAUCGAAAUCACUGAUAAAGUUCCAAAUGGUCACCCAGAAUGUAAUAUGUCAGGCAAUGCACCAUGUUUGAUUAGAAUUCUCACAAAUGCUUUAAAGAGAAUGCUGGUUUGGCUUCGGGGCAAUGAGUGGAUACGGGAAUGGAAUUCUUGAGGAUCAAAGAUUGUUCUAUACCAUUGGCAUGAUACAUAUAUUGUUUUUGCUUAUAUUUCCUACUUUCUGUCAUUUGCAGUGAGGAUGAGAUAUGGAUUGCAAUCAAUAAUCAGCAUUUCCAUUCCACCCUUCAAUAAUAAUUGUUGUUGUGGUUGUUUUCAAAGUCGAAUUAUCCGUUUUGUACAAUAUAUUACAGAUGUUGAGAGCAAACCAAACCAAGCCAAAUUGAGUGUACAAAGGUAGAGAUUCUUCACUACUUAGUAUUGUAUUUUGGAAUGGGAGUUUUUUGUUCAUUUUUGUUAAUUGUUCUGCAUGAAACAUUUGUAGCGUGGAAAUUACGAAAAACUACAGGUUGGAACUA